UCUCCCAAAUAGACAAAUCCAAGGGAUUGUGGUAUUCAUCAUUAUUGUGCAUGCCAUUCUAUGUAACUACUUGUGUUCUUUUUUAGGCAGAGUGGUCAAUGUGUCUAGCAUAAUGAGCUUAGUAGCUCUUAAGAACUGCAACCCAGGAAUGCAGCAGAAGUUCAGAAGUGAGACUAUCACAGAGGAGGAGCUGGUGGGACUCAUGAACAAGUUUGUGGAAGACACAAAGAACAGGGUACAGACAAAGGAGGGCUGGCCUGAUAAGAGGUCAUUCACAUAUGGACUGUCAAAGAUUGGUGUCACGGUCCUGUCCAGAAUCCAUGCCAGGAAACUGAGUGAGCAGAGGAGGGGAGACAGGAUCCUCCUGAAUGCCUGCUGCCCUGGGUGGGUGAGAACAGACAUGGGUGGACCUACAGCCAUUAAAAGCCCAGAAGAAGGAGCAGAGACUCCUGUCUACUUGGCCCUUUUGCCCUCGAAUGCUAAGGGACCUCACGGGGAGUUUGUAAUGGAGAAGAAAGUUGAACAAUGGGCCCCCCCCCUCUCAGUUCCCUCCAUGGGUCCCAUUAUGAUACUUCCAUGAUUUGACCAUGAGAUUACACUAUCAGCAAUGUCCUUGUCAAAGAAAAGAAAGAAAGAACCUUUAUUUGUAUCAAGUACUCACCUUGAAUUAGCUACUAUUUCUGUGAAGUCUUCUGUGAUAUAUGAGAAGGAAAAGUGGACUUAAUGACAAUAGUGAAUGAACAUCAUAGAUGAAUAAAGAGUUAUAAGUAAAUGUC